ACGCGUCAACUUUACAGCGGAGGAGAUCGGGGGAUCAGUUCUGCGGAGUGUCCCGGGACCUAAACACUUCCCUCCUCCUUCCUCCGGGUAGAGACACCAGUCCAUCUCGUCACCGGCGUCCGAGAAUGCUUUGGAUAGCAGCCUCUGAGUCUGGUGAGUAAGGGCCUCUUUCUUCCAGUUUUGAUCUCCACCAUGGCGGGGGAUCUUUUCAGCCCCCCAUCCCCUCUGGGGGAUUCCCUGCUGGACGGUCCGCUGUGUGGAGACCUGAUGGAGGAUCUACGUGACAUCUCCCAGUCUAUCGGAGACGACACGCUGGGGUUUGACUUUUUGGAGCAGCAGAGUACCGGCUCUGGAUCUGAGAAUUCCAUUGCACUGGACACCUUGACACCCGCCUCAAGUCCAUCUUCAGGGACAUGUGGAGGAGCACCCAGCCCAGAGGAGACCUUCACCCCCCUCAACUUGGAGUGCCGAGUGUGCUCCGACAAGGCUUCAGGGUUCCACUAUGGGGUGCAUGCCUGUGAGGGCUGCAAGGGCUUCUUCAGGAGAACCAUCAGGCUAAAACUGGAGUAUGACAAGUGUGAACGCAACUGCAAAAUCCAGAAGAAGAACAGAAACAAGUGCCAGUACUGCCGAUUCCACAAGUGCCUCUCUGUGGGCAUGUCCCAUAAUGCUAUCCGGUUUGGUCGGAUGCCUCAGGCAGAGAAGCUCAAGCUAAAGGCAGAAAGCAAGAUGGUUGAGGAGGAGGUAUCAAACCCUAUGUUGGCUGACCACAAAAUUCUGGUGAGGCAGAUCCACGAAGCCUACAUGAAGAACUUUAACAUGAACAAGGCGAAAGCUCGGCUCAUACUCACAGGAAAGACCAGCAAGACGCAGCCUUUCAUCAUUCAUGACAUGGAGACAUUCCAGCUGGCAGAGAGGACGUUAGCGGCACAUAUGCUCAACGGUGACAAUCCAGAGUUUGAGAUUGGCCUGCAGGCUGGAGAAGUCGUUCCAUCUGUGGGGAGUGGGGAGCUCCAGCAGAGGGAGGCUGAAACACGGCUCUUCCACUGCUGCCAGAGCACCUCAGUGGAGACGGUUACAGAGCUGACAGAGUUUGCCAAGGCGGUGCCGGGUUUCCAGAGCCUGGAUCUGAAUGAUCAGGUGACUCUCCUAAAAUACGGCGUUUAUGAGGCUCUCUUCACUCUCCUGGCUUCCUGCAUGAACAAAGACGGCCUCCUAGUGGCGCGCGGCGGAGGUUUCAUCACCAGAGAGUUCCUCAAGAGCCUGCGGCGGCCAUUUAGUGACAUGAUGGAGCCUAAAUUCCAGUUUGCUACACGCUUCAACUCAUUGGAGCUCGAUGACAGUGACCUGGCUCUUUUUGUGGCUGCAAUUAUCUGCUGCGGAGAUCGCCCCGGCCUGGUGGAUGUGCCUCUUGUUGAGCAGCUGCAGGAAAGCAUUGUUCAGGCACUACGGCUCCACCUGCUGGCGAACCACCCAGACAACAACUUCCUCUUCCCAAGGCUGCUGCAGAAACUGGCCGACCUCAGGGAGCUGGUCACAGAGCAUGCUCAGUUGGUGCAGGAAAUCAAGACAACAGAGGAGACAUCGUUGCACCCGCUUUUGCAGGAGAUAUACAGGGACAUGUACUAAAAAGAAAGGAUGUUAGAAUAGGAAUAACUGCCAUUCAAUCCGUGAAUAGUUUAACUAGACUAAGACAUGCAUAUCAUUGUACUGUACAUAGUUCAUUGUGCAGCUUUGGAGGAUACUCAGUGCUGAGGUAUCACCAUGUGAUCUGUA